AUGGCGACUAAACCAACCUUCAUCUUUGUACCUGGUGCUUGGCACUGCGCGACUCGCUUUCGGCCUGUGACUUCGCAGCUUGAAGCUCUCGGAUACAACACUGUGUCCGUCCAGUUGCCUUCCUACGGAGCCAACCCACCGCUGAAGGACUUUGAGCCCGACGUCGCGGCGAUUCGGCAAGCAAUUGAGAAGGCUGUCGACAAUGGCGAAGAGGUGGUGCUGUUCAUGCACAGUUAUGGCGGUGUAGUUGGCUCUGAAGCCUGCCGAGGGCUUGAUACAGCAACACGUAAGAGGGAGGGCAAGCCGGGGGGCAUUGUCCGCCUGAUCUUUUGCGCUGCUUUUCUGCUUCCUGAAGGGGUCUCACUCAUCGACAUGCUCCAAGGCCAACCGCUGCCUUGGUUCAGGUUGUCAGAGAAUGACACCAUCGUCGACGCGGAACGGCCCGUGGAAAUAUGUUAUAACGACCUUGACGAGGAGGCGGCUGCCGAGGCGGUGCUUGGACUAAAGUGCCACAGCUACAGGACGUUUUUCAGCAAGCUCACAUAUGCCGCCUGGAGAGACAUCCCGGUGACUUACAUCCUCUGCGAGCGGGACAACGCGAUCCCGCCGCCAGCGCAGCAGCAGAUGAUCGAUGCCUCUAAAGUGGAUGUGGUCAUUGAACGGAUGGAUGCUAGCCACUCACCAUUUUUGAGCAGGCCUGAUGAUGUUACUGCGGCGUUGAGGCGGUCAGCUGGGGAGGUCUUCUGA